AUGGCCGAACGCUGCCCGUGCCCCGACGCGCUGACCCUGGGCGCCGAGCUGGUGCCGGUCCGGCGGCUGGUCUUGCUGGGGCUGCUGCAGGUCAUCCUGGGCGGCUGCCUGGUGGUGCUGAACUUCGGAGCGCUGUGGCUGACCACCGCCUCGCAGGUGAAGAACGCCUGCUCCACCUGGGUCGGCUUCUGGGUAAUUGUAUCUGGAAUCCUAGGCUUACUGACAUGGAAGAAGCCCAUAGUGCUUUUGGCUAACCUAUUUAGUCUGCUGUCUAUCAUCUCUGUUCUGCUGAACCUGGCUGGAUUUGUAUUAAGCUGUCAAGGCAUUCAGUUUGUGUCCAGUGUACCCAAAUGCGAUUUGGUGGAUGUCGGUGAAAAGAGGGUUUGUUACUGCUGUGAAGAUUUCAAUGUCACUGAAUGUAUAGAAGAUACUGCGCUGAAGCUAUACCAUCUGAGGCCAUGCAGUGCCGCUCACUUUUAUCUCAAGAAAGUUCUCAUUGCUCUUUGUGCCUUGAAUGCUGUCACCACCACAGUUUGCUUGAUAGCAGCUGCCCUGUGUUACUUACUCGUUUUUGCAACAGGAAGAUCCUGCCCUGAUGAAUCUCAUGUUGAAGACCAAGGUCACGUUUUGGAUCCUGAUGAUCCACCUCCCUAUUUUGCAACUUUUUAUCCUUGUAAUCCACGAACGACUUGCAGGAUGCUUGCCUCUAAUGUGAUUCUGUUGCCUCAUAUUUACAGGUCACGAAUCAAGGGCACCGAGGAGCUCUGCCCUCAGGACCCACCUCCUCCUUAUGAAGCUGUGCAGAGGCAGAACAGCUCUGAGCAGGAAUGUGUGCUACGAGUAAGUGUCAUGGAAGUUGUUGAUUCAGGGGAAGUGAGUCACAGGCAAGCCUCUCAAGGUGAAGAAAUUCCUGAAUCUUCCAGCAGAGUGAGCCUUUCACCUUCAAAUGCAAGCCUGGUGCCUGCAGGAGUGAGCAGAAGAGCCUUCAAUCAGUUGUGGAAAUGGUCCGAAAGUGCCGAAAGUGACUCUGAGCUAUGCUACUGGUUUCUUCAAGGGGCAGUGCUCAGCUGUGAAGCUGCAACGCAGGCUAAAUUAAAGCUAGAACUCUGCACUGUCAUCUUGCAGAAGAGUUUGAGACCAAGAGCUUUGGCUGUGACAGGCUUUGAAAUCCAGUGUUUGACAGACAACAAGAUUUACACAUACGUUAAACAGCUUGUGGCACAGAACCUAAAGCAGUCAUCCAGCAGCAUGAGCCUUGACAUACGUGAAUUGGUGGAAAAUACCAAGUCUCUUUUAAAAUCAGAUGAGAAACAGGCAGAGGCUAUCACCAGUGCCACCUUCUUUGAGCAGGUGAUGGCAUCUGCUGAGCAAGCCAUGUCAUUGUGUACCUGUGUGUUACCUUUCAGACAGCACCCUGGAUUGCUGUAUCUGGAGAGCUGUGGUGACCUGAAUACUUUCACCGCAGAUGAAGAUUAGCUAGCGAGGAGGAUCCAGACAGGAGAGCAUGAACAGCUUCAAAGUCUUGCUGGCGUUGUCAGGGAAACUGUAUUUUGA